AUGAUAACACUGCCUUUCAGAAUAGACAACUCAUUCUUCUUCCACACAGGGACUGUUCACAUGUGAAGUUGUGAACCUAACUUCUGGUUAAGGACACUUGCAGCUGACCCAUUACUGGAAGGGGCAAUAUGGGUGCAGCAGCACUGACCCUGCUGAUCUUAAUUAGUGUCAGAAAUGAUUUGGAAAAUCAAGACCUGGUGCCUGCUAAGAGUGAAGAAGUUAUACAGUCCGGGAGCCAUGUCACUUUAAAAUGUGUUGGUAAUGGCACUGUGAGAUGGAUCAUUCAAGGAAAGGAAAACAAAAAAGAUUUCAAUGACCUAAUUGAAAUACCAAAGGCUACCUAUAAAGACACGAGAACCUACAGAUGUGUAUACAACAAUUCUAUGAGUUCUACAGAAAGUGCAUCAGUGCACCUCUUUGUACAAGAUGCGUCCAACUAUUGGAAUUCCCUACGUGGAUAUGGUAUACAUUUUAUUGAAGGCCAAGAUGCCUUAAUUCCAUGUCUGUUAACCGAUCCCUCUAUUCCAGACUCUGCAGUUUCCUUUGAACCAUUAGAUUAUGAUGGAAAAAGUCUAAAUAUAUCAUUUGAUGUUAAGAAAGGUUUUACAAUCCGGAAUGUGAAGAUGGAUCUUCACGAGAAAAAAUUUAGGUGUACUGCUAAAGUGAAUGGCAAUAAAAAGUCCAUCCCGAUAAAGAUUUAUGUUGACGAAGUGGAAAGCAUAUCAUCAGUUUCUCUGAAAUCUUAUGAAGAAAUGAGAAUUGAAGGUGAAGAUUUCAUAACUACCUGCAUUGCCACUAGUAAUAUAAAGUCUUCAAUCACAUGGGAACAUAACCAAAAGAAGACGAUCUCCAUGCCAGCAGAACAUUUUUAUUCUCAAGGUGACAUUUGGACGAUAACUUCUACCCUAACUAUUCAGAAUGUAUCAUUUGAAGACAGUGGCAACUACACCUGCACUGCCGGAAACAAUGCGGAAGCAAGACGAACUUCAGCAAACCUCCAAGUUAUAGAAAAAGCCUUUGUGAAUGUUUCAACGACACAGAAUAGAAGAAUGAUAUUAUUCAAGGGGGUCAGUGUGGAGCUGAUGGUAGAUAUCAAAUCUUACCCAAGUCAACUGUCCUGGAAAUGGCUACACAACAAUACUGGCAAUAUAAAGGAUGUUAGUUCUCUAUCAAAGUGGGAGGACAAAGGACCUUAUUGGAACAAAAGCAUCCUGAUUCUGAAUCGUCUGAAUGGAAAUGAGAGCGGGACAUACACUUUCUUUGCAAACAAUUCUAAAGCCAGUGCUUCUCUGUCUUUUGAAAUAAAAUUGUACAGUAUUCCAACUAUUGAUAUACAUUCUGUUACUAUAAAUGAUACAAAAAAAAUAGUAUGCACAUCACAAGGGUAUGCAUUACCAACUAUUGAAUGGCUUCAAUGUUCUGAUAGCUGCUCAGAUAAAGUCCCUUUAAAAGGAGAGCAGUCCCAGGAUACACAAGAAGAUCUAGUGAUAAGUGUCAUGCAGCCAAGUGACAGUCUUGGCAAUGUCACUAUUUUCUGUAUAGCUUCAAACAAUGCCGGGACUGCAUCUGCAAGAUAUUAUUCACCACCAUUCUGCCAGAAACUGAUGGGUAUCAUGAAAGACCCCCCACAAUUCAACCCUAUGAUGAUUGUAAUGACAGUCAUUGGAGCUUUCUUCCUCUUGCUUUCGGCAUUCCUCCUUUACAAAUACAAGCAGAAACCAAAAUAUGAAGUCCGCUGGCAGAUGGUUCAAAUGUCUGAAGACAAUCAGUACAUAUGCAUUGAUCCUACACAUCUUCCAUACAAUGAGAGAUGGGAGUUUCCAAGAGCCAACCUGCAGUUUGGAAAGACUAUAGGAGCAGGUGCAUUUGGAAAGGUGAUGGAAGCAACAGCUUUCGGGAUGGGGAAAGAUGAUUCAGCCCUCAAAGUUGCCGUAAAAAUGCUAAAGCCCAGUGCACACACAGAUGAGAAGGAAGCACUGAUGUCAGAGCUUAAAAUUCUCAGCCAUUUGGGUCACCAUGAGAAUAUUGUGAACCUUCUGGGUGCUUGUACAAGUGGAGGCCCAAUUUUGGUGAUCACAGAAUAUUGUCAGCAUGGAGACCUGUUAAACUUCUUGAGGAGAAAAGCAGAAAUCAUGAACAAUAACUUUACUGCAGUUCUUGCAAAUUCUACGGACGACUACAAAAAUAUGGCAGUAGAACAAAAGUAUUUGGGAAGUGACAGUGGACUAGGAAGUGAAAGCAAAGACAGUUAUAUUGAUAUGAAACCAAUCUCCUCCAACAUGGGCUCCACAGCAGAAAAUCCACUGGAAGAAGAGGACAUGGAUGAUCACUUACCACUGGACCUGCAUGACCUUCUAAACUUUUCACUUCAAGUAGCACAAGGAAUGUCAUUCUUGGCCUCUAAGAGUUGUAUUCACAGAGAUGUUGCUGCAAGAAAUGUGUUGGUAACCAAUGGACGUGCUGCUAAGAUCUGCGACUUCGGCUUGGCCAGGGACAUUGAGAAUGACAGCAACUAUGUUGUCAAAGGCAAUGCUCGGCUCCCAGUUAAGUGGAUGGCCCCAGAGAGCAUCUUUGAUUGUAUCUACACAGUGCAAAGUGACGUUUGGUCCUAUGGAAUCCUACUGUGGGAGAUCUUUUCUCUUGGAAGGAGCCCAUACCCUGGUGUUAUUGUCAACCGAAAGUUUUAUAAAAUGAUAAAAGAUGGAUACAAGAUGGACUGCCCAGAUUUUUCCCCGCUGGACAUAUAUCGCAUCAUGAAAGCAUGCUGGGACCUGGAGCCUACUCGCCGACCAACCUUUAACCAGAUCACCGAUCUCAUCAACAGACAAAUGAGCAUAAUUACAAACCAGGAUUAUACAAACAUCAUCCAAGGCCAACAAGAAGAAGAUUGUGCAGAUACAAAGUGUGUGGAUUCCCAGCCUCUGAUGAAAGGAAACAACUACCAGUUCUGUUAGUUGGAGGCUUCCACAUUGGAUUCCACAAAAUCAUUGAGGUGCACAGAAGUGUUGGUGUUACAUGAAAGAACCACCAACGUUAAUCAGAAAUUUUGAUUGAGGCAUUAAUUUCAUACUUAUUAAGCUAAGAAACUAAACAUAGUCUCUCUGUUGCCAGAAUCAGAGGGGGAUGGGUAAAAUGUAGCAUUACCAUUGUAGCACUGGAAAAGCCGAUAAUGUCGCGUUAACUGACCUAUAUAUGUGCAUUCCUAUUAGAUUCAACAAGGGCAAUGAAUAAUAGGAGUGUGACUGAAAACAGAGAAGGGAAGAUACCUUUUUCACUAUAUUUUUUGUAAUUUUAAGAUUUAAUCAAGCAAAAUAUAAAAUCAAGUAUUCAUAGCGAUGCAUUUGUUUCUAGACGGCGCAGUAUAAAAUUUGCUCUAUGAAUAUA